GUUCCGUAUCAGCUGUCACCAGCUCAUUAGCGAAGCAAAAAUCGAACAAAAUUUUCUCCAGCUAGACAAAGUAUUUCAAAUUUAAGUUAACACACAAUAAUGGUUUGCGUACCUUGCUUUAUCAUUCCGGUGCUGCUGUUCCUGUGGCACCGCUUCGUGCAGCCCAUCGUGCUACGUUACUGGAACCCCUGGGAGAAGAAGGACGAACACGGUAAUGUGAUCAAAGCGGGUCCGGAGUUUCCGUUCCAGUGCAAGGGAGGUGUUUGCCCUUUCCCGGUCAAGGACAAGGCCACCAAAGAACCGUUAGCAGCUGGAGCAGGAAGUGAAAACGCGACCGCUGCUGAAAGUUGUUCUGCGUCUGAAGAAACUAAAAAGAGUCAGUAACAGUGGACGGAUCUGGUCAUGGUGUUAAUUCUAGUUGUUGAUUUCCGGGAGCAGGGGAGAUUUAGAUUAGGAAGAGGAAGUCGUCAAUCGGGUUCGAGUUUUUAUUUUAUUUGAGAAAUUUUGAAUAAAAUUGAGAUUGAUGUAAAAACAAA